AAUGAAGAUUAUACAUUACAUUAAUCUAGCAAUUGGUGUGAAAAACAACUUCGAAUACGCAAUUAUAAAAUUGUGGUCUUUUAUAGAAUAUUAAUUUUAGUCUAGAUAAAACAGAGUGGGCAUUGCAUGCAAGUGAAAUAUGUACAAAAAGCGCCGAAAGAAACUUCUUUCACAGUGAUAUAAUAUAAUAAUACUAAAGACUCUUAAGUUGCCAUAGAGGAAAGUUAUAAAAUUGUCCGUCAGCAAAGAUCUAAGCCAAAACCAUCAUACGCGUAAUUGUCCUUAGAAAAUUGAAGAUUUUACCGAUUCUUUAAAACCGUGUCAGGCCGCAGUACGAUUACAAAUACAUACAUAUUUAACAUAAAAUGGACACGUCUUUGACUCAACAGCGGAAUCGUCUACAAUCAGCACCGACCACUACUACCACCUCAGCAGCUAGUAUAGCGCCGUUGAGUAGCAGCAUCAGUGGCACAAGCGCUAUUUUAACCAACCACAUCAACAACAGCAAUAAUGUUGGGAACAUAAACGCCAGCAGUCCGCUGGCAGAGUUAUCAGCACAAUCACCACCGGCGGAACGUAUAACAACUUUCCUCGAGUUAAUGAAUGCCACAAACUCGCUGGCAGAGUUAUCAGAAUCACCACCAUCGGAACGUAUAACUACGACAUCAUUCAUCGAUUUCUUGGAUGGUUUUACGUCGCGCGUAUCUGGGGAUCGCACUCAGAGCGCUGCCAGCACACCUAGUAGUAUCAGUUCACUGGGUACCACCGCAAAUGCCUUGUAUUCUUCUCUUGGUCAAGCUUUGAACUCCUUGACAUCACCAAUCUCGACAGUAGCUGCUGCGGCUCAUGCGACAACUGCAGAAGCAGCCGCUGUCGUUGUUGCUGCUGCUUCAGCGCUAUCAAAUCAUCUUAGCUCACCAACAAGUGGCAAACUUCCGAAUAUGGAUGAAUUAGAUGAUGAUGACGACUGUGAGGAUGACGACGAAGAUGACAAUCGUCACGUUCCAGCACCAACACCCAAGAAGACAUGGUCAGAGAUUAAAGCGAUCGUUAACGAUAUGCGAAAGCAGCUGAUCAAUUUAUCAAGCAUGAUGCCAUCGAAUAUACAGUUUCGCACGUUAUCUGAUGGCCGGGUGCGUUGCUACUUUCUCAGUACACCGCCAAAUGCGUGGGAGCCAACUUUGCUGUAUGCCGACAUAAAUAUGAACGCUGCUGAAGAAACUAUGGCGCAAAGUGACUCAUCCACCUCUGAUAUGGAUGGUAUCGUUGCUGGUGCCCCAGUUGGUAGCGGCAUUGGCAUAACGAAGGGUGGCAGCACGAGUGAGGAUGUUGCUGGUAGUCGUUUGCCAACGCCAGUUUCUUCACAAACAUCAUCACCUGUAUUGGGAUCAUCUUUUGUCAGAUAUAGCCAAAGCAAAAGACUCCAAUGGAAGAUAGUAUUACAACAGCCCAUGUCAAGUGUGUUUGCGGCGACUGCAAGUGGUGGUGUAAAUCCCUGGUCCAGAGAAUUCCAACUAUUGCAGGAACGAAAGCGACUCUCAACGUGGGGAAUUACUUCUUUUGAAUUGCAUAAACCAAGUGGAAAAAUAGUGUUUCCCUGCUUCAGUGAUCUGUACCAAUGCCUUGAUACAGGAUAUAAUACCAGCCCUCUUUUCCCUACACAAUUGCGCACAUGCCCCCAAUGGGCUGCUUUGGAUCCACAAAUCUGCCCACAAAACUCGGACCUGAUUGCAUAUAUUAGUGGAAGCGAUAUAUGGGUCACGCAUACAGUCAGUGGCCAUGAAGAGCGUUUGACUUUCGCGCACGAUGGCCGUCGUUCUAUUGCUGAUGAUCCUCUCAGCGCUGGUUCGCCAUCACACAUAAUGCUGGAGGAGUUUAGUCGCUUUCAGGGCUAUUGGUGGCAGCCACAGUCCGAUGAUGGUGUUUAUCGUAUCGUUUAUGAGGAAGUGGACGAGUCCGACGUCUGUUUGUACACAUUUCCAUCUUCACAAGCGAUGCCCGGAGAAAUGGAAGAAUAUCGUUUUCCCCGCGCUGGCACAGCAAACGCAAAGUCGAAAUUAAAAUUGGUGCAAUUUGUUCUGAGUGAAUCGCUACAAAUUAGUGACGUUUGCAUAAAGGAUUUGCCGUAUACGUUAUCGGUGGUGUUUCCAUGGCUAGAAUAUAUUGUGCGCGUUGGAUGGACGCCCGAUUCUAAUUACGUUUGGAUGCAAGGCAUGAAUAGGAAGCAGCAACGCUUAGAUGUGGUGCUUAUACCAUUAGAUAAUUUCUGUGAAACGUAUACUAGUUCGGCGUCUUCGCCCUCUGGCUCAGCCGAUCACUGCUGGAAAAGCCCAUAUUGCAGGGCUGUAUCCCCAAUACAGGUGAUUUACUCACAAACUUCAGACUCCUGGGUCAAUGUGCAUGAUUUACUUUACUUUCUGGAAAUUACUGAUACAACAGUGACCUUUUUGUGGGCCUCUGAGGAGACCGGCUUCAGACAUUUAUAUCUCGUCACAUCCAGUUUGAAUGCGAGUGCGCGGAAUGGCUACAAAGAUGCGCAUACGAAUGCGAAUAAUUUUGAAAUGAGUAGUCGCACGAAUUCAACCUCUUCGGCCACAUCGGGCGCCAUGGAUAUGCAUACGGAUUUCAUUGAUGGCGUGACGCUGCAUCCCAGAAUUAUAAAUAAAGUUGCGCUCACCUCGGGCGAAUGGGAGGUUUUGCAUCGAUACAUUUGGGUGGACAAGGUGCAACAGCUGGUCUAUUUCAUUGGGCUGCGCGACACGCCGCUGGAAAAACACUUGUACGUGGUGAGUUUGCAGCGGCCAGAGCACAUACGUUUGCUCACUGAACCCGGCUACUCAUAUCAAGUGGAGUUUAAUGAGUCCUGUCAAUUGAUGUUGCAAGUUUACUGCAACAUUCAGCGUUUGCCUUCCUGCAAAGUGAUGCGCAUUACACAAACUUGCCAGAACGGUGGCGUCAAUGGCAUACAACUGUCACUGGUGGGCUUUUUACAUGAGGGCGGCAAACCAGAGCCCCAAUAUUGCCCGCAAGUGUUCCGCCCGCAAUUGCCAUCAGGUGAUAUCGUAUAUGCGAUGGUGUUCAAACCGCACAAUUUCCACCUGGGCAUCAAAUACCCGACAGUGCUAAAUGUGUACGGUGGUCCGGAGGUGCAAACAGUCAAUAAUACAUUCAAAGGCAAGCAUCAGCUGCGCAUGCAUAUGCUGGCUGCGCAAGGCUAUUGUGUGAUAUGCAUCGAUUCGCGUGGCUCACGGCAUCGUGGUUUGAAAUUCGAAACCCACAUACGCUGUCGUAUGGGUCAAGUGGAGCUUAACGAUCAAGUGGCUGCGCUGCGCAUAUUAGCUGAUCAGUUGGGCUACAUCGAUAUGAAUCGGGUGGCUAUACACGGUUGGUCUUAUGGCGGCUACCUCAGUUUAAUGGGACUAGUGCAGUAUCCAGAUGUCUUCAAAAUAGCAAUUGCAGGGGCACCCGUUACAAAUUGGGAGUAUUAUGAUACGGGCUACACGGAACGCUAUAUGGAUUUGCCACAGAAUAAUAAACGCGGCUAUUCAGCGGGCUCUGUGCUUAAUUAUGUACACGCAUUUCCCGAAGAAGAAAAUCGUCUUCUUCUCAUACACGGCCUCAUCGAUGAGAAUGUUCACUUUUAUCAUACCUCUCAACUGAUAUCAGCGCUGAAUCGUGCAAACAAACCCUAUGACCUCCAUGUAUUCCCCGAAGAAAGGCACUCGCUGCACAACAUAGAAUCGAAUAAAAAUUAUGAGACAAAAUUAUUGGCUUUCCUGCAAAACUUAUGAAAUUGGCAACAGUAUAGCAUGUCAACGAUGAACACAAUGACAAUGACAACAACGAUGAUGAUAGCGAUGUUAAUGAUGAUGGCGUCUUGAAGUCAAUGCCUAUGGCUUGCAUACACAGCGACGGAGCAGCAUAUUGCAAAAGUUGAUAGUUCAUAGCAGACAGCAGCAGAAUUUCAGCAAAACAAGUUUGGCCACACCGGCUGUUGGGCUGCUGCUCUCGAUAGUUUCAAGUGCGAACAGUAUAUUUUUUAUUUUACCAAACGGCAGGCAAACCAUUUAUGUCUUAAGUUAUUAAAUUUUUUUUACUACUUUAACUAUUUUAUAAUUUGAUUUGUAGAACAAAAACUAAAUUAUAGGUUACUUAACAUUAGAAAUACUAUUUACAUAGAAAGGAACACAAAAAACAAUCACUAAUACACCUACAUACAUAUUUUAUAUACUUGUCUGAUGUUACGUUUUUGUGCAAAUAGUGAGAAGCAGAUAUGCAUAUUUGCAAAGGAAAACAGUACUACAAAUAAAAUUAAAGCACAUUAUUUACAUAUAUAUUUUAAUGAAAAUUGUGCAUACACAAGAGCCAACGUUACCGCUUACUUUAAUCACCGCAGUUAGCUGAUAUAAUCAACAUAACCUCAAGUUUAUCGCAAAAAACAAAAACAAGUUUAGGAAGAGUGAGAUGUAAAAAUGGAAAGGACUUAUGUAAUUGUGCGAGUGUCUAUUGCUGCCAUUAAUUAGUGCUGCGAAAUAUAUUUUUGUGAAUCUUUAA